AUGUCGGACCAUGAAUCUGAUAAGGAGGAACUGCCAGGACUUGGAAAAAGAGAUCUUGUAGAAAGCGCUGAGCCUCCAGUGAAAAAGCGUCGAAAGAAGAAGAAGCGAGGGCGGGUCCUUACAGUGGACGAUAUGCCGCGAAAAGUUCGGGAGGAAUUCCGAACCGAUCAAAAAGCUGAAAAAUUCUUGCGCCUUCUGGGUGGCCUCAAGCCCGAAAACGUACACGCAAAUCUUACCUGGAUGCGACGAUGCAAAACUGAAAAACUGCCAUCGAAGGACCAGCUUGCCUGGCUCGAAAUGAAGCAGUGGGAACAAGACUCCGAUGACGAAGAGUUGCUCGAACUCCCUAGCGGCUGGAUGGAGCGCGACGAAGAGCCUGAGGAGUACAUGAAGGUCACCAAUGGACGAGUCGAGUUUAGCGGCAAAACGUAUAUCAAAGUGUCAGUGAUGUACGGAGGCGGUUCUCAGCUGGACCCGAGAGACGCGAUUUGCGAUCCAACGCCCAUGUCCGAAAUUGAAGCCCAAAUCGCCGCAGAAGAAGCUGAAGAUACUGACGAUGAUCUUAAAAAUCCAGAUCAGCCAAAACCUAUGCCAAUGACCGCCGAAGAACAAGAAGCGGCUCGUCUCGCAAAACAGGCGAAACUCGAAGAAGAAAUCCGCGAAAAAGAAGAAGAAAUUACCACUGCCAAGCUCGCCGCGGAAACGAUGUAUCGAGGAAUGGGUGUCGAGCCUGGCGAGGAAAAUUCACGAUCCCGACGACGUCAGGAAAUCCACUGGGACUACGAUCACAAGGCGGAACCGGAUCUGAAAGUGGGAUCUGGCGGCGUUAAUAAAUUCAUAUCGGACUCGUAUGGAUAUGGAGGUUACCGUGAAUCUGAAAUGGCACGUGAUCAGUGGAAAGAUCUAUCUUACGAUCAGACGCAUGGGCAGGGGGCCAGCAAAUACAGAAAAUCAGCCUACGAUAAUUGGGAUCAAGACUUCGAGCAAAAAUACAAAUGGGAGGAUUUCGCAACCAAAUGGGCGAUCAAACGAAAAGAAAUGAAAUUCUACAACAGACAACACCACAAAUACGAGGACAUCACAGACACCCGAAAACAGUUCCUCGAAAAAGAGGAUAAGAGAUUCAACGAAAAACGAGUCCAAGCUGACGUUUCUUACUGGGCACAAGCAGCUGCUCAGGCCUCAAUGGCCGUCCUCGCAGGAAGCAAAGAUGGCAAAAUCGAUCUCCAGAAUGCACCGUGGAUGAAACAGCCUGCCCCUGCCCCCUCCAAUGAGGAUCCAAGAAAAAGAUGUCGUAUUAACUUUUCCCACAAGAAAUUGUCUGUAUUCCCUGUUCACAAAUCCACUACCUUCAAAAUUUAA